UCCUCUUCUUCUAUAGCCUCAUAUCUAUUCCCUGGUUUUGGUUUAGUAAGCACCAUACUCUGGUCUUAUCAGAACAGCUGCUUUCUCUGCUAUCUUCUUACACUUUAAAAUAGCCUCUUUUUAGUCUCUUUUCCUCUGAAUGUUCUUUAAAUUAUUUACAUGGCAAACUGUUGGUAAGCACUAGAAGUUCCAGGGACAUACUUUUCUUUUAUCUUAACUUUAACCCCUUUGUUCUUUUGUAACCUCUUCGUUUCUCUGACAUAAGUUUUGCAAAAUUGAGGCAAGGCGUGAGGAGUAAGUCUGCAUUUUACUUACUCAUAUCGUCACCUUUUCUCUCCCUUAGCUUUUGGAUUAUCCGGAAAUUAGCGCCAGAGGUCUUCACUUUUGAGUCGAUGUAGAUCAGAGCAUUGCACCCAAAAGGGGCUAUCAUUAUCUGGUUAAUUUUAGAAUGCCAUUGAGUCUUUAUUACACUUCCUUCAGAUACCUAAUCUGGCAGAUUAUCUCCUAAGUUCCAAAAUCAAAGAAAUGCAAAUUUCCAUUGCCUUCAUUUUCCUUUACAGAGUCACUAGUGAUGGUGAUACUUCCAUUAGGUAAGAAUAUGAUUCUAGUAUGAUUAUUAAAAUCAAUGAAGUCUUCCGAACGUUAAGAAGAAUCUUCAGGAUAUCUCAGACAGCAGUACACCAUAACAUCAUGGAUGUCUCUAGCCAGGAUUCUGUAGCAAUUCUGGUGAAACAAAGCAGAGGAAAUUUCUUAAUUAUCUUUAUGAGUAUCCUCAAGAUAGUAGGAGAAUGAUAGUUAGAAGAUUUAUCUCCUUAUAGCUUAACAGUUGCAUCUGCUCAGCCUCCAGCCUUUAUCCUUUCGUCAUAUGUUUAUUUUAUAAGCUGUAAAUUUUAGUUUUUAUUGAGAUCUGGCAAUGAAGUGCUUUUACCACUUUCUAGUUCACAAAUUUUCUUAUCAAUUCCCAACAAUUUACUUUCAGUAUCCCAAAACUUUAUUGACAGUCAAUAUCUUAAGUUAUGAAGUUAAUGUUAAUAUUUGGAUGAAAAGUUCCUUUCUCCAUGAUACAUGGUCUCUUGUAUUAUUUAGACGUCUAAUGUACAUAUUCCCGUGAGUAUCUGCUUUUAAAUUUUUGUCUCUUAAAUAAACCCUAUAUUACCAAGCUCCUAUUAUUCAAAGAAAACUAUUCCCACAUAGGGAUUAAAAAAGUGCUACUACUGCACAUCUUAACACUCCACAAAGACUCUAAUCCCUAGUCCCAACCAAUCCAUCCUCUACAAUCCCCAAAUGCCUCCUUUCUUCAUAAAUCCUCCCUAUUCCCUCAAAUCCCCACCAAAUCAACCCCAAAACCUCCACUCCCAAAACUCCCACACAAACCCUCCCUCCUCCCUCAUCUUCACAUAACUUAGGCUUUCCCUCCCAAUAAUCCAGCCCUAACCCUACAGCGCAGAAUAAAUCUGCCCAGAUUUAUGCGUGCUGGAGAAACUGAGGAAUUAUUAAGCCUGCUGGAUUGGAAGCACAGAUGGUAUAUAUUCUUGAUUAGUUGAUUAUUGGUGGAUUCCAUGUCUCUAUUACUAUUAUGAUCACUCUAGUCUGCCACUUGAAUUAGUACUUUUCUUUUUCUUCUUUCUUUUUAAGAUAUUUUAUUUUUCUUCUUAUCAGAUUUUUAAGAUCAGAUUUUGGACUUUCACUAUCAUAUUUUUCUUCAGAGAUAGGUUUCUAAGAAAGAUUUUAGCCUACAUUGUUGAUUAAGUCAAAGAAUUAGGUGUCUUUCACACUUUUAGGGAAAUAAGAUCAACCUGGAACUUGUAUUUGAUAUCAUCAUCGCUCUCAAGGCAGCAGGAGAUUUUUGGCUUCAGCUUCAGAGAUCAGCUGUAUGCUGAAGAGAUGAUAUCAUAAUCUAAAUUUGCUCCUCAGCGUCCAUCUUUGUA